AUGAGUGCCGUCCUACCAGGCAAGCCGCAAUCAAGGCUUCAAAGCCUUGCUACUGGCUCCUGGGCCAAAAACCACGUUAAUGCUUAUAUCACUGGCAGUGCAUUGGCUAUUUUAGAUGACCCGCACAAGGUCAUACAGACCGUUUACGAUGAAAACGACGACGAGCUGGAAGCUAUCGCUUUCGAUGAAGCGAGUGGUAAGAUAGCCGUCUGUACCACCAACUCGAUUCGAGUAUAUCGCCCAAGCGCGCGACCGGAAGAUCCAUUAAAGUGGACGCUAGAGGCGUCCUUCGAAACACCACAAGCCGCAACAGGCGAGUCGUUUGCUCUGUCAUGGGGCCGAGAGGAGGAACUACUCGCUGCAUCAUCUUCGCUGUCGUUAUACUCCACAAAAUCAGAAAUCCGAUGCUCCUGGCAGAAACUACUCCCGAACAAAGCCAAGGUGGCCGCUCUUUCGUACGAUUCAGCCUACAUUGCCUCUAUAUCCGACUACGAUAAGUUACCAAAGGUGUGGCGUCGUCUAGCGUAUGGUCAAGAUGAAGUUCGAUUCGACCACUCAUACCUAUCACACCCAGACGUGGUGACUAUGGUGCGCUGGCGCAAGCCUUUCCAUGUUGACCAAUCUGCGACCAACGUGCUCUAUACAUUCUGCCUGGACGGUCUGGUUCGUAUCUGGACCCCUACAGAGACUGCCGAUGGGCAACACUGGCAACUUUGGGAGGCUAUAAAUAUCAACCAGUUUUCUGGAGGCCCACCAAGUGACCCAUCCAGAUGGAUCGUUUGUAUUGUUGACGGACGAGAUUUCAUGCCCUGUGUCGAGCAUCUUAUUCAGGUGCGCAUGUCUGAUGAUCCCACUACGGACGAAGUAGCUAUGGAACAUUUGAUAGCUGUUGCAAAUAAGACGCCGGAAAUAUGUCUUGCGAUAAGCCGAAAUGGCGCGAUGUCGGCUUGGGCUCUGGACAACGUUGGCAACAAUAACGCUGAAGGCGACCGCGUGUUCAACAUUGCGCAGGUCAAGUCUCCAGCUUUCGAGUCAUUGGAAGACUUUAUAAACUCCUCAGAAAUGCACCACAUCGAAGUGCAGUCAUACUUCGACAAGAAAACCGGCAAACUUGCACUCCUUCUCCAUUCCUUCGAUGGCAGAAUCGGGGUGUUCUAUAGUGAUGUCGCAAAUUUAUUCAGCCCUACCACAAACGAUCAGCGAAUAUCUCUUCAGACUGUUUGGUCUGGGCAUUCGGCAGCUGUUGUCAAAAUCAAUCGCAGUUUCAGUGGGCGUGCAGUCGUCUCACGAACAGAAACAGGGGAGUGUAUUGUGUGGAGUCAUCCAGAACACCGAGCUGUACCGAGUGUUGCUCUGAAUCGAAUGAGCGUCAUAACGCACGAUGGAGGUUUGCACAGGGUUUGUGUUCUCCGUAAAGGCAGGUUUGUUGUCUUUCUUGGCACAGACAGCGUAUCUCUCUGGGAUUGCCGGCCCAGUAAAGCCCGUAUGCUUGCCAAGUGUUUCGCUCAGUGGAACGGAACGGCGCUUUGUCUAAUUACCUUGCCUCGCCCGGACCCCCCCGAAAGAACCAAGGCGUACAUUUCUAUGAUCACAUCUGAACGCAAAGGAAUUGUCUGGGAAGCCACCUUGCCAGCAUAUUCCACUGGAGCCUCUGUUACAGCCAGUGGCCGCAUUGUCGAAUUCUGUCGAUUUGAGCUAGAUGUCGCGGACGGACUCAAAUACGUUCUUCCUGUUGACCCUGCUGGAAAAACGCCCGUUGCGUCAGGUUUCCUGGAUGUGUUUGCACGGGACGUCGCAAUAUCUUAUACCAGGAGCGGUUGUGUAGACUUUUGGACCGCCAGAGUCGAUUUGGAGAAACAGAGAGUCGAUUGGCUUUCUACCUGCUGUACAGAAACUGGGAUGGAGGACCCAGCGCUAGCAAGUGGAAGUACUCUGAAAAAGGCCGCGUUAAUAAAUUCCUCACGAUCUCAGCUCACAAUUUGGGACAUUGGUGGCUCUCGCCUGGAAUUUGAAGAAGACUAUGAUGCGCAUAGCACAAUACAAGACCUAGAUUGGACCUCAACGCCGGAUGGACAAUCAAUACUUGCAGUUGGGUUUCCGUACCGAGUUAUAUUACUCUCCCAAAUGCGUUUUGACUACCUCAACAAAGGACCAGCCUGGGCGCAAAUUCGCCAAAUAAGCAUACGGGACCUUACUCCUCAUCCUAUCGGGGACUCAACAUGGCUUGGAGAUGGCCACCUUGUGAUUGGUGCUGGAAAUCAAUUAUUUGUCCAGGAUCGGCUUGUCAGUAGUGAUGAUGCCAAUGCAUUGGACAUUCGUUUACCGCAACGGCGCGAUGGUGUGUGGGAUAUUUUUGAGGCUGUCCAGCGUUUCAAUGGGCCUCUGCCCUUAUUCCACCCGCAAUUUCUCAGCCAGUGCGUUCUGUCUGGGAAAGGUGUUCUUGUUGGGCGAAUUCUGAAGGCACUUCAUAAGGCUCUCAAAUAUCUCGUGCCAGGAGAGCCUGUCGAUGACUAUCUUGGUCUAGAUGUGACUGAGAUAUAUGAAGUAACACCGAAGCAUGCCGCGCGGCCAAUCUUGAGAAAAGGGCAGGUUCAUUAUCUGAAUUCUGACAACGACCAAGACGACGACGAAGAGGAACCGUUCAAGGAGACGACGGCUGCCUCGAUCAACGAAAUAUUGAAGAAGGUUCGCAUCCCACAGCUCUCUGGACAUGAACAAAUUCAACUCAUGGAUAUGAUUGAGUGCGCUGCUUUCGUUGAGAAGCACCGUCGCUCUAUGGAUGAGAACGGUGCCCGCUUUAUGCUAUUCUUCCGCCAGCAUGCACUUCGGAAAGGUCGUACCAGUGAGAUUCAGCUGUCAUGGAGAGAAAUAGACUGGGCGUACCACUCUACUACCCAAGACAUCCUUGUCGACUUUGUUGCCCGGCAAACGCAUGGUCCUAUGCUCUGGAAGCAUGCUCGAGAAAGUGGCCUCUUCAUGUGGAUUACGGACGUAUCUGCUUUGCGAGCGCAAUUUGAGGUCGUGGCAAGAAAUGAAUAUGCCAAUAGCGAAAGCAAGAGCCCCGUCGAUUGCAGCUUCUUUUACUUGGCUUUGAAGAAGAAAACCGUGCUCCAGGGUCUCUGGCGUAUGGCUGCUGGCAACAAAGAACAAAUCGCGACGCAGCGACUGUUGCUGAACAACUUUGAAGAGGACAAGUGGAAAAUAGUGGCUCAGAAAAACGCAUAUGCAUUGCUGGGCAAGCGUCGAUUCCAAUACGCCGCGGCUUUUUUCCUUCUUGCUGGUAGACUCUGUGAUGCUGUUGAAGUCUGCCUCCGCCAGUUGAAAGACAUACAGCUAGCCAUCGCCGUAGCUCGCGUUUACGAAGGCGAUGGUGGUCCGGUUUUGCGCAAACUGCUGCAAGACGAAGUCUUACCAUUAGCGGCCCGUGAAGGAGACAGAUGGUUGGCAUCGUGGGCCUUCUGGAUGCUGGGGCGCAAGGACAUGGCUGUACGAGCACUAAUAACACCAGUCUACACACUGUUGGAGACUCCAAGCUCCCCAGAUUUCCGGUCCCGGCUAUUCCUGACAGAUGACCCUGCUUUGGUUGUGCUCUAUGGACAACUACGCCACAAGAGUCUGCAAACCUUGCGUGGUGCUUCGAAGGUGGACCCGAGAGUAGAGUGGGAGUUUGUCCUGCACAGCGCAAAAAUUUACGAUCGCAUGGGCUGCGAUCUUCUCGGCUUAGAUCUAGUGAGGAAUUGGGAAUUUCAGCAGCCAUCGUCAGCAGGCAUUGGUGGCGAGUUUAAUCCCCUGAAACUCCUCCGACGAAGAAGCUCUCUCGUCGUUAAUGACCUGCCCCUGGUACAGUUACAGACAGGUGUGCAGGGCCUCGCAGAGCGAGGCGCGAAAAGAGAAGCUCCACCUCCGACUACCUUCGAGGAGCCAGAUGUAGGCUCGCUGCUAGACAGCUUUGGGUUGUGA